AUGGAGCGGGCGCUGCUGCCCCUGCUGUGCCCGCGGGCCCUGCGGCUGUGCCGGGCCCCGCUCCGGUUCCGCUCCAGCCGCGGGGCUGAGCAAGGAGCGCCCCGAGGCCGCGAUCCCCCGGAGGCUUCGGGGGCCGGGCGGGGGUCGCGCACCGGGCGGGAGCUGUGGCGGGCACAACAAGACUCGCCCCGGGCCGGCACGGGGAAGGGGCUGGGGCGAAAGGCGGCGCCGGCCCUGGAGAGAACCAAAGGCUCGGAGAUCGUGUUCGGGGUGGCCCCGUGCUGGCUGGCGCUGGCCCGGGCGCGCAGGGCGCUGUUCCGGCUGUUCCUCAAGGAGCAGCGCGGCGGCCCCGGGCGACCCCUGAGGGCCGAGCUCGCCCUGCAGGCCGCGGCCCGCGGGGUGCCCGUGCUGCACGUCCCGGGCCGGGCGCUGGACACGCUGUGCCGGGGCCGGCCCCACCAGGGAGUGUGCCUGGAGGCCGCCCCGCUGCCCUUCAGGAGCCUGCGGGACGCGGAGGAGAGAGAUGGAGAGAGCGGGGAGCGGCAGCUGCUGUGGCUGGUGCUGGAGCACAUCCAGGACCCCAUGAACCUGGGGGCUCUGCUGCGCUCCGCGUACUUCCUGGGGGUGGACAGAGUGGUGGCGACACGCAGCAACAGCUGUCCCUUGACUCCCAUAGUGAGCAAAGCCAGUGCUGGAACCAUGGAGGUCUUUGAUGUGUACAGCACAGAUGAUCUGCCGGGCUUUCUGAAGGCCAAAAGUGCAGAAGGCUGGGCAGUGGUGGGAACAGCCAGCAGGCCUGAGGAUGUGGAAGGUGUUCCUGUCAUCAGCUGCUCGGAAUUCCGGUGGGACAAACCCCUCAUUGUGGUGAUAGGCAGUGAAGGGGAGGGCAUUUCCCUGCAGACCCAGCUGCAGUGCCAGCAGAUGUUGGCCAUCCCCCCUGGCAGGGCGCUGCACCCCGGCAUCGACUCCCUCAACGUCUCCGUGGCUGCAGGUAUCCUCCUGCACUCCAUCUGCAGCCAGAAACGGAGGCAUGGAGAUUGAAAUCCUCUUUCUGUGGUGGGGGAAGCUGCUCAGUGUGGGUAUGGAAAUGCUCUUCCCAGGGUCUCCACCAUCACUGUGACUUCCAGGGAGAGCCCAGAGACCUGAGCUGCAUUUUGGCUGCUGCAGAAGCCACCAGAU